AUGAAAACAUACGCAGUCGUCCUCUUGGCUACUUGCCACAGCGUACUAGCUGCCAAAAGUCCGGCGUGCUCCAGCGGCAUUUACAAGAAGCUUGCAUCUUACUCUGUCAUCAAGCCUGUCUCGACCUUUUGUGUGUCAAAGUUCCCACCUGUUACUCAGACAUCGGUCGUUAGCACAGCAACUACGAUCACAUCAACCUCAACACUCACCGAAACUACAACAAUUGAUACCACUGUCCUUGCGACUUCAACAGCGACGGAAUUCACCACGGUCACCAUCACUGCAGCAGCCGCCAAUGGCAAGCGUGGUGCUAAAGCAGCCACACCGUCGACACCGGUACCAUUUGGCAAGGUCGCUACAACAUCAGCGCAGCCUUGUCCAGAACUUGUCGCUCUGAAACUUCUCGCAUCGAACGUGGUCGCAACAGCCUGCUCGUGCAUCAUCUCUACGCCUACUGUUACUUCAACAAAAACAGCCACCUUCACUGCUAAUGCUCAAGCAACGAUGACAAUGACCAUUGCAAACACCAUAAUCAGUACUGUCGUGACAACCUCCACAGCAACUGCUACCGCGACCGUUGCCCCAGCCCCUGUCGAGAAUCUCGUCACCUGCAACAACCCCUCUGCUCUAGGCUGCUCGGCAGGUGUAACUUGCAGUGGCUCAACUGGUAGCUGUAUUUGCGAGCAAACAGUUGAGGGCAUAAACCUAUGCAUUGACGAAGGUGGGCAAACUUGUGGUAGUCAAUGCUCGAGCUCUGCAGCAUGUGGAGUUGGUUAUCGAUGUGUGACAUCGACUUGCUGUCCAGGCACCGGGACCUGUCUCCAACUUGCGCCUGGCGGUAGGGUCUGUACGAACGGGCCGGCAAAGAUGAUGCGCAUGCUGAGGGGCAGCAUCGAAAAGCGGGUUGUUAUAGGGUACCCGCUACACCUGCCGCCAACAGGAGCAUAA